CUGUUGAAUUAUCUACGUUGCUCUCCACACGACGAUAGGGAAAGACUUGAAUAUCGAUAUUGAUAUCGUGAUGGUGAAGUGAUUACACUCGAACUCACCAUGGAACUCGACGCCGUCGCCGUUGGACGUGAUGUCCAGGUCGUGGACCCUGAAGUGCGCGCGCAUGUGUACAGUCUUGUCACUGCUCUUGGAGGCUUCAACGGCGAAGAUGUAUCGAAAUACAACCUCGGAGACGACGCAUUGGCAUGUUUACGCGAUAUCAAGAAAUGGCUCAGACUGUACGACGACAAAACGAACCGACUGGAUGUUGCACGAUGUCUGGCAGAGGCGAAUAUCGUGAAUGGCGAUUUAUUGCCGAUUUUGAAUCUGUGGUAUAAUGGUGAAGGGCAGAAGAAAAAACAUUUGACUCGUGUUGCGUUGGCAUGCUUGGAAUUGCUCGUCCCUCUAACCUGGCCAGUGGAAAUUCAUGGCCAGAUGACAAUCAAUCACCAUCGACACACUCCAUAUCUGCAACAAGCUCAAGUGCAAUACAAACGGGGAAUACUAGAUCAAAAUACCGGUCUACAGACUCUUCGCGCUGUCAUCCAAAUUGGAUUGCCAAGCUUUACCAUGCCAAAAUCUGAGCGGACCAGUAGAGAUGAUGGGAUCUUGAAACUGAUGUUGUAUCUGUUGCGAAACGUCGCUAUGAUCUCUGCGCCCAAGGGCCUAGUUACCGACGCUGAUGAGGAAGAGACAUCAAGAUCUACAACUAUCAAUGCCUUUCAACAACAGAAUGUUUUUGCGCUUAUACUCACUAUGUCCGCCAAUAUAAGCGAGGACUUUAACUUUCAGGACGUCGUGCUCUUGGAGAUUUUGUUUCAUCUCGUGAAAGGUGUCGACGUGCAGAAAUUGUUCAUGAAUGACACCGAGCGCAAGGCGAAACAUAAUGAUGAACUUAGUGAUCUACUCAAAAAGGAAUCCGGCGUCAAAAGAGAAUAUGCCAAAAAUGCUCCGACUCGUCAUGGCCGUUUUGGAACUAUGAUCUGGGUGAAACGGGACGAUGCCAAAGUGUCCACAGUUUCUGGGCAGGAUAUUCUAAAAGACGGCCAAAUUGCUUUUAACAAGAUGGAUCAAACGAAGAAAUGGAAUCGACCCAAACACGGCCGUCGGCAACAGCCUGAAGCUGCCAGUGGUGAUUUCACUUUGAGUACGCAUCUUACGUCUACUGCAACCAAAAAUCUCCGGACAUUCGUGGAAGAAUUUCUCGACACAGGCUUCAAUCCCCUUUUCACGCAUGUUAGGAAGGCUAUCGAGCGUGAAGCUGAUAGAGUUACUGACAUCAAUACGCGGCAGUUUCUCUACGUGGUAGCUUGGUUUCUUCAAGCCGAACGCGAACGACGCAGCUAUCAGCGAAAGCAGAAUGAACGAAACAAAGGAACAUCCAAAGAAAUUGAGCCGGAUAAUUUCUCCUUGGUAGCAAGCGUACUCAAUCAGGAGACUUUUGUCUUUCUCAACCGCGCAAUGCAAUACAGUUUCGAUAAUCAUGAAUGGCAAGAUCUCAAUGCAAACAUGCGCUGUUUCACACAGAUUCUCUUGACGAUUCAAGAAAUGGCCGCCUCAACCUUUGAAGAAGAUCAAGAGAUUGCAGAGAAUACUCUAAAUCGUAUCUUCUACGAAGAGACUACACACGACAGGAUCAUAUCCAUAGUGCGAGGCUACAAGGACCAAGGUUUCGCUUAUCUAGACGCAUGUACCGAGCUUUCUCACGUCUUCUUGAGGAUGCUUGAAAAUUACUCCAAAGCGAAUGUGGAUAUGCAAGUGCGAUCGAAGCGAAGAGCAAGAGCAAAGAAGACAGAUACCGCUGGCCAAGAAGCAGAUAAUGAAGAGAAUGUUGACUCCGAGGCUGAGGAACUUGCUGAUGCAGCUCGAGUUGCCAAGGAGCGCAAAUUCGACUUUAAACGAUUCUCAGCGAGGUUCUGCAGCCAGAAGAGCAUUGAUACGUUUGUUCAGUUUACAACGUACUACCGGGAUCUCGAUGAUGAACAACUGAAGCGCGCACAUCGCUUUUUUUAUCGGGUUGCCUUCAAGCAGGAAUUGAGCAUCCUCCUUUAUCGUCUUGACAUUUUGAAUCUUUUCUAUCGCAUGAUAAAAGGGUCGGAGUCGUUGGACUCCUCCAAGCCCAUUUUUCGAGAAUGGGAAGAGUUUGUCAAACAGCUCACCCGAAGGAUGAUCAAGAAGUUGAAUGAACGUCCGGCAUUGUUCACAGAAUUGCUUUUCAGCAAGAUCAACGCUACAUUAUUCUAUCUUGAAUAUGGUCAUGAGAAACAAACCAUCUCUACCGGCGGUACUAGGCCACCUGCUGAACUUGAAGUCCAUCCACGUGCAGGCACGUCAAGGGAUGAAAAGUUGAAUGUAGUGGUCGCUGCUAUGCUCAUGGAUGGUCAAGCUGAUCUGGUCAAAUGGCUCAGCGAAGCCUUGAGGUCAGCUGCAAACGAACGCAGUUCUUGGGAAGCUGAAAAUGAAAUACGACAGCUCGAGUCACCGGAAGCAGCUGUUUCUCCCAGUCCCCUCAUAGAAAUCAAGUCUGACAAUGACUCCAUCCGGACAGCUACGUUCAGAAACGGGCGUUUGAGGCUGCUUAUGACCUCGGUCGGGCUAGAGCGGUUAGGAACAGAGGAUGUAAUGGGAGCUUCUUGGGUGGUUCCUGCAUCACUCGACUCUGCUACUCUUAGUGCUGUCAAUUCAAUCAUUGAAAAGGGACUGGAGAAUCCUGUAAAGGAGAUUGACGGACUCGAUCCUCGCGAUCAACUGCGACGCAAACCUACGGCAGAACCCAAAGAGACUUACCAAACAACAUUGGAUGUAGACUUUGGCUCCGAGUCGGAGGGCGAAGAUGCAAUUCCAGAGGGACCACUCUUCCCACCAAAUAUUCGAUCGAAAUCGAAUGCUCUGAAAGAAUUAAAGGAGAAACGUCGCAAGCGCAGCAAACGCGAUGAAGACAAAGAGCCUCUAGAUGAUGCAAUUCUUGAAGAACGCCGUCGUAACCGCGAAGAAAACGCACGAGCAAGACAGGCCAAGAUUAAGAGUGAUCUGUUUGUUCACGAUAGCGACGACGAAUCGGAUGAGGAAGCAGAUAGAGCGUUUUUUGAGCACGAAGAAGCUGUUAGAAAGGCUCAAGAUAAACGCGUCCGGGAAGCUCUGGUCACAAAAGCACUAGAAGAAGAUGCGGCUAAUGAGCAAUCAAAGAGCAAGAAGACUACUCGUCGUAAGAGACGCGGUAUGGACAAUGGUGAAAGUGAUAAAGAUACAGAUAGCGAAGGUCAGAAGAAGCGACGGGUCACCAUAGGCGGGUUUGAAAUGAGUGACGAUGAGGAGGAAGACGACGACGUCUUGAUGACAGGAGUCGGCGGUGAUUCUAGCAGUCAGGGAGUUAAUGGGGAUGAUGAUACUCCCCCGACAUCGACAGAACAUGAGGAGUGGGAUCUUGAUAAAGAACUUGAGCAACAUAAGUCAACUACUAUUGAAGCUACCCAUGAUAGUGACUCGGAGGAUGGUCCAGUAGCGGCUAAUCGUCGACGCGCGCGAGCUGGAUUUGUGAUUGAGGAUGACUCUGAGUAAUGCAUUUCUAUUAUGGAUGAUACCUAAAUUUAUUGCAUAAUGAUUGAUGACAAGACCCCAUUCGGCACAUGAUGUUUCU